CGGGAACCUCGCUUCGCUAUAUCGGAUUAAACAGCAACCGCCUCAUGAAACGGAGCGACUCCAAGAGGCUCGGCCAGCGCGAAUAUGUCAAUCGAUUCCCUGCCAGAAUGCUUUAAGAAAUGCCUCGCCGACGCUGCCGCGAGCAUCGGCUGCGCCGGCACCGACACGACGUGUCUCUGCACCAAGGAUCUGUCGGGCUCGGAUGGAUCGCAACUGAUGACAUGCGUGCUUGGCACGUGUCCACUCGAUGUCAUAGCUUCUGCUUCGAGCGAUAUCGUAAACAUCUGUGGACAAGACCCGGGUAAUGCUAGCAGUUCCGGUACAACUAUGACCACAACAUCAUCCCCGGCAUCCGGCGGUGCUUCAUCCUCUUCAUCCUCUAGGACGACCCCUGGUACAUCUACCAAUUCCCCUUCCCAUACAUCUUCACCUUCGUCCAGCGGUACUUCCACUGCAGUUGCGCCUGGUGGGAGUGAUCCUAGGGGGGGUUCAGCAGGGCUGUCCACGGGUGCAAAAGCCGGCAUCGGCGUGGGCGUUGCCGUUGCCGCAAUACUGUUCAUUCUCUCGGCAUUUCUCUUUUGGCGGAUGCGGCGUAUGAAGAAGAAGGCUGCAUCUGAAACUGCAUCUGCAUAUGUGCCUGCGCCUACACCUGGAUCUCCUGCGGAGGACGGUAUUCCCGAGCUGUCUGCGAAACCAGAAAUGGGUCCUGAACUCGGAGGCCAGCCUAUUUCGGAGCUGGAAUCGAACCCAAGGGUGGAUGGAACCAACGAUCUGCUAGGCAUGCAAGGGAUGGGGUACCCAGGAAGUGGGCAACCGCCUGUCCACAUGACAACCAAUUUCCCUUAUGAAGCAGUGGAGCUGGAUUCCACCCCUACAUCUCGGGGUGGAGGAACUAAUGUAUAGGUGCGAUGGCGACACCCCACACUUUUGUCUUUUUCUUCUUGUCAUAGAUAGGAAGGAAUGCUUGCCUUUGAAGUACUGCUGCCAAGCAUAAUAAACUCAUUCAGUCUAGCAAU